UGAAAUUAAUAAUUCACCUGCUGAAAUGUCACUCUCCAAUUAGUAUCCAAGAAAAAAUUGGAGCAUCAGAGAAGAAAAAUGGCAUCUUUAGAGCAAAAGGCAUCAGAUUGGAGUGGAGUUGAUCCAAAGGAUGCAGUUGCCAUUGAUGAGAUUAAUCUCUUUCAAAAACUUGGUCUUCAAACUUUCAUCAAUCUAUCUACCAAUUUCUACAACAGGGUGUAUGAUGAUGAGGAAGAGUGGUUUCGAUCAAUUUUUUCGAAUUCAAAUAAAGAAGAAGCCAUUAGGAAUCAGUAUGAGUUCUUUGUGCAAAGAAUGGGAGGCCCUAAUUUGUACUCACAGAGGAAAGGCCAUACAGCAUUGAUUGGACGCCACCGCACGUUUCCAGUAACUCAUAAAGCAGCAGAGAGAUGGUUACACCAUAUGCAACAAGCAUUAGACAGUACUGCAGCUAUUGAUGAAGAUUCCAAAACUAAAAUGAUCAACUUUUUUAGACACACUGCAUUCUUUUUGGUAGCUGGAGUUGAGUUGAAGAAUCAAAACAAAGGAACAGGAUGUAAGAAUUGCAGCAACCACCACUAAGCAAGUUGAUGGGUUUAAUUGACUACAUUGACAAAAGAAUUGUGCCUCAAUCGCAAACUAGUUGGAAUUGACUGUAUGAAUCCUGACCGUCUAUGUUACCGCUCCAUGUGAGUACAUGAUAUGUAAUAAUGCAUAAAUUCCUUUUGUCAAUGGAACACCUUAUAGUAAUGCCUUGCAUCCAUUUAAAUUGUUUAAUGUGAAAACAAAUACACUAUUGGAAGGGGUCUUUGGUAAAGAGGCUAACUUAUUCAUAUAA